AUACCGCCGAAGAAGAUGCUGAGAGUUGGCUGCGCAAGGAGCUUCGCCCAUGCGAAGGUCGCCAUCCCAUCAACAAGAAUAGCCUGCAAGAGGUUCUCAAGCUCUACUGGCAACACAAUCACCCCUAAGGAUGAGUACAGUGGCCGAUCAGCCUAUGAGAUCGGCAACAAGGCCAAGGAACGUGUCCAUCCUAGCGCUUCGCCUCUGCAUCGCGUUCACGAGCCCGUGGGCGAGGAGGAUGCGCCAUGGACUCCAAAGUCCUUCAUCGGUAAAACCCCGCAGCAACUUGUGCAUGAAGUUCCUCCCAUCCCUGUCAACGGCGCGAGGGUCUCAUGCAACGGCGGCCCCAACCGUGCGAUGGGACAUCCGGAAGUUUACCUCAACUUGGACGGAGAAAAGCCGAAGCCCUGCCCUUACUGUGGUUUGAGAUAUUUCAACGCCAAGAAGAGUCACCAUUGACGUCGCUCAUCGAAGACGAGGCAGCCUCGUGUUCUUCGCUGACCUUGUUGUGUAUCUUGUGGAAGAAACGACUAGACUACGACCUCCUCCUGUCCUCCCUCAGUGUAAUCAAACGUGCUGCCGUCGUCUACAGUGAAGACCUCGAGUUGUC